GCUUUAUUCCUUGCAAUUCGUUUGAGUGACGUAUCAAUCACUGGCUUCAUUCACUUAUAAAUAGAUGGCAUCAUUGCAUAUUUAUCACAGUACAACAGAAAAGCCAUUUGCAAAACCUGAUCACAACACCACAACCAAUCUCACUUUCUUGCUUCUCUUUUGUGUCCACAACAAACUUACCAAACAAAAAACCAAACUAAGACUAAAGAAAAAAAAUCUUAAACAAAAUAUAUCUAAAAAACAAGCGAUGGACAUUGUAAAUCGAUUAGUGGAACAAAAACCUUUGGUAAUCUUCACCAAGAGUUGUUGCUGCAUAAGCCACUCAGUGAUGCAACUCAUCAGCAGCUACGGAGCAAAUGCAACUGUCUAUCAGCUCGAUGAAAUGUCUAACGGGAAAGAAGUAGAGAGUGCACUCCAAAAGCUAGGACUUAGACCAGGUGUCCCUGCUGUUUUCAUAGGCCAAAAGUUAGUUGGAGGAGCUAACGAGAUUAUUAGCCUGCAGGUGCAAGGAAGACUCGUGCCAGCAUUAAAGCAAGCAGGAGCUUUAUGGGUGUAGAAUAAAAAUAAUUGCAUCUACUAAGAAAAUUUCAAUGCCCUAAUUUUGCAAUUUUUACUAAGAGUAUUAGUUUCAUCUUAUUGAUUACCUUCCAAACUUUGUAUUUCAGUAAGUUGGAAGCUAGGGAAUUUAGCCUAUACACAUACAGCUCCUAGUGCCAUCUGCAGUAAACAAUAUUGUAAGAUAAAUAGUGUUUCCUUCUCUGCUAAACAAAUAAUUUUUUUUUGUUACAUCAACUUUUCAAGAAACAUUCUGAUGAUAUGUCUUAACUUUAUUAUAUGCUUUUUUUUAUAAACUAGAACAAAAGAUAUAAUUUGUUCCACAAAUUGAAGUGCUUAGUUCCGACACAUCAGCACAUGAUUAUUCAUGUGGCAGAAAGCACAAUUAGGCUUAGGAUUCUACUAGAGGCCAGCAUCGUUAUUACUAUUUCUAAUAUAAGCAGAAUACCAUGUUAAUGAGAAAGUAAUAUAAUCCAAGCAUUUCUAUAUACUUCUUCCAAUUCUUAUGCAAAACCAUUCGAGAUUUUAUUGUAACAACGUCUACAGAUUUCAUUUGUAAAUUCUGUACUCAUACUUUUUCAAAAAGAUUUAGACGAGCCAGUACGUAUACGACAUAGCAACAUAC